CUCCCUGUUAGCUCUUAGCCGUUAGCCCUGCAGCCGGACGACCGGAGGAGUAUCCGGGGAACCGGAGGAGAAAAACCCAGAGAAGAGGAGGGAAUGAGUCCGGCGGAGGACGGCAGAGGACCGCGGUGACAGGACAGCGAGUGUGCCGCCGAACAGAGACCGUUUCCCGGUGUGUUAGUGCGGCUGGAAGAAGUGGAAAAACAGCGAACCUCCUCCCGACUGUCCCACCGCUGCUCCUCCUCCUCCUCCUCCUCCUCAGUCUGCUGCCUUCAUCUUUUCUUUACUCACCGGAGAAACGAGCAGAAAAACACCGACACAUUAACGGAGACAACCAUGAAAUCAUUCCCUGCUCGCCCUCGCCGUUAGACAGAGAGAGAGAGAGUGUGUGUGUGUGUGUGUGCGUGUGUGUGAUCCAGGAUGGGGUUCGGUCGGGAUCUGAGGAAUUCCCAUGAGGGAUUAUUGAAGCUGCAGGACUGGGAGUUAAAGCUGCUGGAGACGGUGAAGCGUUUCAUGACUCUGCGAGUGAAGAGCGAUAAAGAAUACGCUGCUCUGCUGCUCAGCAUGACUCAGCAAACUGAGAAACAGGAAGCUGCUGAUUACGUCAGCACUGUGAGCAAGUCGUGGUCUCAGGUGGUCCGUCAGACGGAGGCAUUGGGUCGCAUCAUGAGGAGUCACGCUGAUGAUCUGAACUCGGGUCCUCUGCACCGCCUGGCCACACUGAUCAGAGACAAGCAGCAGGUGAAGAAGAGCUACCAGAGUCUUCAUCAGCAGCUGGAGAGCCACAACUACAAGGUAACCAGGAGUGACCUGGACAAGCUGAAGGCGACGUAUCGUCAGCUGAGUCGUGACGCCAACAACGCCAAAGAGAAGUACCGAGAGGCACUGGCUAAAGGCCGGGAGGCGGAGCGUGCCCGGGAGCGAUACGACAAAGCCACGGCGAAGCUCCACAACCUUCACAACCAGUAUGUGUUGGCAGUGUGCGGUGCUCGCACACAGCAGGACGAACACCGCCGCCACGCCGCACCUGCACUGCUCGAUGCUCUGCAGAGGAUGCAGGAGGACAUGACGCUCGCACUUAAGAGUAUCCUGGAGGAGUACUGUGAGAUCAGCAGUCUUCUGACGGAGGAGAUCGUGAAGGUUCAUCAGGAGAUUUCAGCGGCGGUGGAGCAGAUCGACCCGUUGGCAGAGUACCAACACUUCAUCGAUGCCUACAGGUCUCCGGAGACUCCAGAGGCGAGCGUGGAGUUCGAUGCGUCUCUGUUGGACGAAACGGACAACCUGCCAGCCAAUGAGAUCCUGUGGAACACGCUGACGGCAGACAGCCUGCAGGCCAUGUUGUCGUCGGCAACGGAGGAGCUGUCCCUGACUCAGCAGAAUCUACGGACGAAGGAGGCGCUGGCCGACGACCUCGACACCAAAAUCCAGACGAGUCAGCAGAGCACUGAGAGGAAGAGCGACUGUGUCCUGCUGCUCAGUCAGAAACUGUCUCUCCUGGAGCUUCAUCAUGCCGUCCAAUCACUCCGCGGCUCCGAGGCCCGCCUCGCCUCCCAGAAGGCCCUGCUGGAUGCCAAGAUGGCUGCCGCCGCCGCCUCCCCACCCCCACCGCCGCCUCCCCCUGCACUGCCUUAUGAGGACGACGCCCGCUCAGUGGGAUCCACGGACAAAUCCAAGGAGAGAAGUUCUCGCUUCGACACACUGCGUCACUCUCUGGCUGGAAUGAUCCGCUCCCCCAAAACCAUGCUGGGCUCCUCCACCUCGCAGUUCUUUGAUGUCAUCCCGACAUCAGAGCGCCCUCUGGCGGAGCAGGAGUGGUAUCACGGCGCCAUCCCCCGCACAGAGGCUCAGGAGUUACUACGGCAACAGGGAGACUUCCUGGUCAGGGAGAGCCACGGCAAACCGGGCGAAUACGUCCUGUCAGUGUUUUCUGACGAGCAGAGACGACACUUCAUCAUCCAGUACGCUGACAGUCAGUACCGUUUCGAGGGGACGGGCUUCGCCACCAUCCCUCAGCUCAUCGAGCAUCAUUUCUCCACCAAACAGGUCAUCACCAAGAAGUCUGGAGUCGUGUUGCUCAACCCAGUCGUCAAGGAUAAGAAAUGGAUCCUGAACCAUGAGGAUGUGGUGCUGGGAGACCUGCUGGGAAAGGGUAACUUUGGUGAGGUAUUUAAAGGGACGCUGCAGCGAGACAAAACGCCAGUUGCCGUCAAAACAUGCAAAGAAGAUUUACCUCCAGAGCUGAAGAUCAGGUUCCUCUCUGAGGCCAGGAUCCUGAAGCAGUACGAUCACCCAAACAUCGUGAAGCUGAUUGGUGUUUGUACCCAGCGCCAACCGAUCUACAUCGUCAUGGAGCUGGUUCCUGGUGGAGACUUCCUGUCCUUCCUGAGGAAGAAGAAGGACGAGUUGAAGACGAAGCAGCUGGUCCGGUUCUCAGUGGACGCCGCUGCCGGCAUGGCGUACCUGGAGAGUAAGAACUGUAUCCACAGGGACCUGGCAGCGCGGAACUGUCUGGUUGGAGAGGGCAGCGUGUUGAAGAUCAGUGACUUUGGGAUGAGUCGUCAGGAGGAUGAUGGGAUUUAUUCUUCAUCUGGACUCAAACAGAUUCCCAUCAAAUGGACGGCGCCAGAGGCUCUCAACUACGGCCGUUACAGCUCUGACAGUGACGUGUGGAGUUAUGGGAUUCUGUUGUGGGAGACGUUCAGUCUGGGGGUGUGUCCUUAUCCUGGGAUGACCAAUCAGCAGGCCCGAGAGCAGGUGGAGAAAGGUUACAGGAUGGCAUGUCCUCAGCGUUGCCCUGAUGAUGUGUACAAAGUGAUGCAGCGCUGCUGGCAGUACAACCCUGAGGACCGCCCCAAGUUCUCAGAGUUGCAGAGAGACCUCGCUGCCAUAAAGAAAAAGUGAUGACAUCAUCGUCACAUGACCUCACCGCCAUCAAGAAGUGAUGACAUCAGUCACAUGACCUCACCGCCAUCAAGAAGUGAUGACAUCGUCACAUGACCUCGCCGCUAUCAGGAAGUGAUGACAGCAUCAUCACAUGACCUCGUCGCCAUCAAGAAGUGAUGACAUCAUAACAUGACCGUGCCACCUUCAAGAAGUGAUGACACUAGAUACAGAGGAAGGAAGUUCCUGUACAGCAGAGCGCCACCAGCACACUUUAUUUUAGUUUGGGGUGGGCGUGGUCAGUGUGUGGGCGUGGCCAGCAGGUGGAGGUGAUGAACCUUUAGAAACACUACAAACAGGAAAGACACUUAGCAUUUAGCUGCUAAUGUUUGAGACGACUAAACAAUACUGACAUCAGCAUACGUGUAGCUAAUCAUGUUAGCAUCUGUAAACACGUUAACGUCUCAAGUGGUUAUUCUGUCGUCAAACAGGAAGUGCAGUCUGGUGUUACGGAGCUAACAGCUUAGCAUGAGUUUAGCCAGAGAUGUUAGCAUGUUAAAACAUACUAACAUGUUGAAACUUGAAUCAGAAGUUAUUAACGCUAAUGCUCGUUUACAACAAAACUUUAUUUAAACAAUCAAAAAUCAAAUGUUUGCUUUUUUUGUGAAAAACCUUCAGUUUCCUGUGUUUUAUUUCAAAAUAAGCUAAAAUUAUCCAGCGAGGUCAUCAGGUGAUAUCAGACACUAAACCACGCCCCCAGAAUACCACCUUUCACUACUGUAACCAUGGCAACAGCGUGAACACUAAAAGCUUCUGAGGACCAAUCAGCUGUCGCCACUAAACACUGUCUUUUAUAAAUCUUUUAUUCUGAAAAUCCACCUUUUAGUGAACACACAGGCCACGCCCACUCCAACAUGUGUUUCCUCCGACCAACCCAUGAUUCAAAUUCUUUAUUUAAAACAUUUUAUUUUUUAACUGAUAUUUUUAUUAUUUUAAACCAAAGUUUAAAAAAAAAAAAAAAAAAAAAGCAGCUCCAAAACACAUCAUCAGCACUUCCUUUUUUUUCUCCAGGUUGUCAUGGCAACUGAAAUAAUGACGGACCACCUUGUUAUAAGAAAAGAAGAUAAAGUUUAAUAUAAAUAUGUAUAAACUACAAAUAAGAAGACACGUAUCACUUCCUGGACUGCGUCAGGGCGGAGCCUUACUGUUAGUGAUGUCGAGCGCCGCCUACUGUUUGUGUAAAUAAAUUGUUUGUUUCUGACA